UGGACGCCGCUGUAGAACUACGGAGAUAAGAUUCUUGCCCUUGAGUUACCCUGGAGAACGAGUUACCUUCGCUUCGUGAAUACGUCUCCAGGUCCAUUUCUUUCUGGCAGGGAGAGAAACUAGAAGCCAUUAAAAGGUAGCAGUAAGUUUCUGUUCAUGACAGCUGUGACGCAUUAUGGACGAUACAGACUUGUUCAGGAGCCAAUUAGUGCAGCAGUAAUUAGUGAUUAGUAAUUCAAUCCAAUUAGUAAUAAUCUUGGUAAAUUUAUAGCUGCCAAGUGCUUGAGAAUAAUUAGUAAAACCCAAACUUUUAUCACUGCAGUACUCAUUUCUGCUUCUGGUAGAAUCAUUAGCUGUAUAAAUUCUGGAAAGUCCGCAACAAAAAAUUUCAGUCUACCAGAGUAUAGAGUGUAGAGAAGCUUGCAAUAACGUUUCUUGAAAUACCUUGAGAAACUCCAGAGAUUAAAGCGAUUUGCUUCAGGCUAACCGUUACAGCGGGUAAGAAUAAUAUUUUGCUUCUGUCAUGUUAUCGUCAAUGAUUAUAGUGCUGGCACUGAUGAUCAUGCAUAACGAGGAUGUCGUCGCUUCUUCUGACGUUAACCGCACGCAGGAGCAAGAUGUGUCGUCGCUGUUGUCUGUGACCUCAGAGGAGGAGACACGGAGGUUGCGUCGCCUGGAGGCAGAGGUGGAGAUACUGCGGCGGAGUGUGACCGAGCUGAAAGCUGCAGGGCCGUGUGCAAAACAGCAAAGCUCGCUAGAAGCAGACGCCCUCAGCGUGGCGCAGGAAGUUCGUGGACUACGUCAUCACGUGCAGGCAAUGAGAAUGUAUUCAGAGUUGUCUGCCAUUCGCUCAGAAGUGCAGUCUCUGAGGUCAAGACUGCCCGGUAACCUCACAGGGGAAAUCAAACCUCCGGCAGCUGUUCCUGACAUGAACGAGCCAAUAGCGGAAGUUUCUGGGAGAUCGUCAGGUAAGUUGCCAGGUUCUGUCUACACCCGUUGGGGUAAUAGCCAGUGUCCAUCUGAUGCUCAGCUUGUCUACUCGGGUGUCAUUGGAGGAUCUUUUUACACGAACGAGGGAGCAGCGUCCAACUCCCUGUGUCUUCCUCUCAACCCUGUCUUUAAUGACUACGUCCUUCCCGGGGCCGUCACGUACAUCUACGGGGCAGAGUACGAGGUAAACCCUCUACCUUCACACGACCUUGAACCUAAAUGUUCCGUGUGUCACAUUGCACGUGCUGCGACCGUCAUGAUGCCCGCCACCAACUCCUGCCACACCGGGUGGACAAUGGAAUAUUCGGGGUUUCUCAUGGCCGGACAUCAUACACACAAAGCAGCAACCGAGUUCACAUGUGUGGACACUGCAUUGGAGGGUAUGAUCGGCACAAAGGACAACAGAGAAGGUUACUUGUUUUACAUGGUCGUCACUUCCUGUGGCAGUCUGCCAUGUCCUCCCUACAUCGCCAACAAAGGGCUGAGCUGCGUUGUUUGUUCCAAAUAACAUUGUAUUGAUAUAAGACGAUUGUUUUCACGCAAUGUAACAUAAUUUUAGACAUGUUUAUACCACCUUUAAAAUUUUUUAUAUUCUUAUCUGUUCAUUUUCUACAAUAUAUAUAUAUACCUUCUCUGACACACUUUCAUGUGCUUUGCUAUAACCCCAUAUCUACGCCUACAAUAUAUAUAUAUAGGCACAUAUUAUCAUAAAACAACAGAUCAGAAUUAUUAUUAAGUUACUGUUACUACAAUAAUGGCUUCUUUUCAUUUUUAAGAUUUUAAACGUUGUUGAUAAAUAUAAUAAAGCGACUACUUAGUGGUUAAAGCGGCUUCUCUCAAUGUGAAAGAAACCUUUCACUGAAGAAAAGCGGAAAAAUAACAAUUAUUUGUAAAUUACUUUAAACUGUAGAAAAUAGGGGGAAAUCCAGAUUCGUGAAUCAAACAAAUUUUAAUAAAAUUAUCCAAACAAUGUUUAGCUUUUUAAAUAAUUUACAGCCCACAUCUCUACUACCUUUUUGGUCAAAACCACAAGCUGCGUGGCCCAGACGUUUGCUAACCGCUCACACCAAGUGGCACCCACCCCACCCAACACAUGUUUGUCAACAGCUGCCUCUUUCUCUGUCAGAUCUUAUGAUAGGUUGAGUUACCAGUUUGAUUCGGGUUUAAUCAAGCGUUGUAAAUUCACAUAUUAAAAACUUUAACAGAAGAGUUUUUUAAAGUACACCACUACACUACGAAUGCUAUUUAAGCUGCUCUCAGUUCAUGUACAGGUGACUGAUAUAUUCCACACUUAUAUAAACAAACUACUAUAAACUGUAUUCGUUACCCUCUCUAACGUCUUUUGAGUAUCUUGAUGUAGUGAGCUAUAUUAUGUCUGUUGUUCAAUAUCCGUUUGGAUGAAGAAGAAUAAAUGAUUAAAUAAAUCAAGAAAUGAA